UCGAUUAUCCAACGCCAUUUUCUGUUUUCUCCUGAACGCGUCCGGUAGAGAUCAGGUUGAAUUGUCCAGCAUUGAUAAAUAGUUUUUUGUAACAUGGGUACACGUGUCUUCGUCGGCGGCUUGACCUACCGCGUCCGUGAGCGGGAUAUUGAAAAAUUCUUUCGGAAAUAUGGAAGAAUUAAGGAAGUUGCCAUGAAAAAUGGGUUUGCAUUUGUCGAAUUUGAUGACUACAGGGAUGCUGACGACGCAGUUUAUGAAUUAAAUGGAAAAGAGUUAUUGGGUGAACGCGUUUCUGUGGAAAGAGCUCGAGGAACGCCGCGUGGUUCAGAUCAAUGGAGAGGAAGUGGAGGAAGAGGUUAUGGACCACCAAGAGGGAGAAGCCGUGAUAAGUAUGGACCACCGACAAGGACGGAAUAUAGACUAAUAGUGGAAAAUUUAAGUAGCAGAGUUAGCUGGCAAGACUUGAAAGAUUACAUGCGACAAGCUGGUGAAGUCACUUAUGCGGACGCACAUAAGCAAAAAAGGAAUGAAGGAGUGGUUGAAUUUGCGUCAUAUUCGGAUAUGAAAAACGCGAUUGAGAAGUUGGAUGAUUGUGAAUUAAACGGUCGCCGAAUUCGAUUAAUUGAAGAUCGUAGGAGGGGAGGAGCUCGCAGAUCUCGAUCUUCGUCAAGCCGAAGCAGAUCGCGUUCAAGGUCAAGACGCCGUUCUCGAUCUCGAUCAAGGUCCCGCAGUCGAUCAAGAAGCCGUUCUCAACGUUCCAGCCGAUCAAAAUCGCGUGGUUUAUCAAAAAGCAAAUCUCCCGCACAGUCAAAAUCGCGGUCAAACUCAAGAGCCAGAUCUAAUCCGAAAAGAUCUAAAUCUAGGUCUACGUCAAAGGAGAAGGAUGGAAUGAAUUCUCGUUCGCGAUCAGUAAGCAAAGAUAGGCGUAGUAAAUCGACCAGCACAACCCCAACCAAAGCGACAACUUAAAAAUUACCACAUAUUACUUCAAAAUAUCGUUUGGCCCGUUAGUAUUUUGUAAAUAAAAGAAUUAAUUCCUUACUCAGACUUUUAUAACGUAAUGUGGUGAAAAAUUAAUUAAUUUAAGUUUGUUUUCCACUACAAUAUGUUUUAAAGACAAAAUGGCUAACAUAUAUUUUAUAUACAUAUUAAAACUGUACCCGUUACGAAGCAAUCCUUUACAGCUUUCGUUUUAUUUUCUUUUUUCAAAGUUUUUUACAAUUUGAUUUCAAUUGACUAUGUAGCGUUUAAGGGUUUCUGUUUGGACCGAGGUUACGCUCGUAGUUUGCUGGUUUUUGGGUCCAUUUAGAAAAGCGUAUUUCUAGAUAGUUGAGAAACCGAGACAUUUAUGUAUGCCGUAUAUUGGGAACGUUACAUGAACGAGCCGCAAACUAUAAACAUAAUUUUAAGUACUAGCUAUUAAUAAAUAUUAAAAAAGAAAUAAAUAGCUGAUUUCAUUUGCGAAAACGCAACAGCUUUAUCGUCACUAUUAUUAAUUACCUCUUUAUUCUACACAUUAGAACAUCUUGAGUUUACCUUUUUUUGUAUUGAUUUUGUGAAUGUAGUCCUAAAAAAGUUGUCGACUUGUAUAUUUUUUAAUGUAAAACGUAUAUUGUGUAAGAAUGAAGAAAAGUUUAAAUAAAAAAAUCAUUUCAUUUCCA